AUGACAUGUUUAGUUAGAAUUGGGCUCCAUCUCUCUCACUUUCUCACUCUAACGCCCGCCGCUAACAUGGACUUCUCCUACCUCGGCCACAAAGGCGCGCCCGACGACGGCAUCGGCUCCGGCUCGGUGCUGACCUGGCGCAAUGUCGGCCUCGGCUUCCUCUUUAUCGUGUUCGACGCGGUCCUCUCCACCAUCAUGGGCCUCAAGAUCGGACGCAACCUCAUCGUCGCCGCGUGCCGCUGCAUUCUCCAGCUUAUGGUGAUGAGUAUGGUGCUUGGAAAGGUGUUUGCAAGCAACAACCCCUUCGCUGUCGCGGGAAUCGCCUUCGUCCUCAACGUCCUCGGCGCGAUCGAGGCCACGUUUAACAAAGCCAAGCGGAGGUUCAGCAACAUGUUCCCCUGCAUCCUUCUGUCCUUGCUGUGCGGUUCCAUCCCCAUCGGCAUCCUCGGACAGCAGUUUGCGAUGGAGCAGCGUCCCUUCUGGAAGCCCGAGCAGUACAUCCCCAUCCUGGGCAUGCUCCUCGGGAACGGGAUCAGCGCGAUCGGGAUUGCGAUGAACUCUGUCUCGACCGAGUUCGCGAACAACCGCGACCGGAUCGAGACGUAUCUCGCCUUUGGCGCGGGGCGGUUCGAAGCCGUGCGGCCGCUCGCGAUCGAUGCGCUCGCCGCCGCCCUCCUUCCGACCAUCAACCAGAUGAGCGUCAUAGGCCUCAUCUCGAUCCCGGGGAUGAUGACGGGUGCAAUCGUCGGCGGCAAGUCGGUCGAGCAGGCCGCCAAGCUCCAGAUGAUCGUCAUGUUCAUGAUUAGUGCGAGCUCGGCGCUCGCAACUAUUGUCGCGCUGUGGUUUGCACUCACGACGCUUAUCGACGACCGCGACCGCGUGCGCCCCGACCGCUUGGACUCGCGCAAGCCCGCGUUUUACCGCUGGCGCGACAGGACCGUUGACCGUGUGUGGCACUGGUUCACGAGUUUCCGGUGCUGCGGCGGCCGCGAGCGGGGUACGGAGGAGGAGCGCCGCGGGCUGCUCAGUGGGAACGGCGAGGGCGGGAGCAACGGUCCUAAUGGUGCCAACGGCGCCAAUGGCAGCAAUGGCAACCGCCAUUGAGAGGGCGGACAGCCCUGCCCAGAGCGGAGCCGCCGAGCACUUCUUGAUAUACAAAUGCAUUGUGUACAGGAG